AUGUUUGCCGCCGCCUUCGAACAGUCAACUGCAACAUACAACUAUACGAAUUUCGAGAAUAACCAACGUCUCCAGAGGUGUCUACAAGGUGAGGCCAGAGAGACAGUGCACUCACUGCUAAUUCAUCCGGAUAAUGUCCCUGCCAUUAUGGACAUGCUACGAUUUCGAUUCGGACGCCCAGAAUUGCUGAUCAGAAGUCAGCUACGCCAAGUACGUGAGAUGCCCUACAUAACGGAAUCUGCUGUUGACAAAAUAAUUCCGUUUUCCGUCAAAGUGAAGAAUUUAGCCGUGUUUCUGCAAACCAUAAAUGGUCAGCAUCAUCUUUGUAAUCCAACGUUGAUGGAGGAGCUUGUGGGGAAAUUGCCCAUGAGCAAGAAACUCGAAUGGGCCAGAACCUCAUCGACGAUACAGCCGUAUCCGACAAUUAGAGAUUUUAGUACGUGGCUUAGUGGAGUGGCAGAUCUGAUAUGUACAGUACAAGACAGUCGCCCAACUGAACAUAAGCGACGCGUCCUCCUUCAAGCCACCGCCAAUAUUCGUGAAAUUACAUGUCCACUGUGCCGUGGUGGACACUACAUUUCCAAUUGCGGAACAUUUAAGUCGUUAAGUGUUCAAAAGAGAUGGAGGAAAGCUAAGCAACUUCGAUUAUGUUUCUCCUGCCUGCUGGGUGGUCAUAUCACAAGAACGUGUCACCGACGGAACAUCUGUAGAACGAACGGAUGCCAACGAGUACAUAAUAAAUUGCUACACGAGUCAUCGAGGAUCAUUUCGAAGCCGCAACCAGCUGAGAUGCAACCUUCACAAACAGCAGCCACAGCCGACAGAGUUUUCAGUUGUACAGCCAGUACAGUGAGAAAACAGAAGGUAUUGUUUCGAAUAGUUCCUGUCACAGUACAUGCCAACAAAGCGAAUAUUGAAACUUUCGCUCUACUGGACGAAGGAUCAUCGAUAACUAUGGUCGAUUCUUCGUUAAUUGAACAGCUUGAAAUAAAGGGUUACCCCCGCCGAGUAUCCCUGCAGUGGUUGGGUGGAAGAGCUGCAAGUGACAAUGCAACUAUAGUCGACAUCGACAUCAGCGGUUCCGGUCUAAGUCAGAAGCACAAGUUACGUCACGUUUACGGUAUUAAAGAUUUACAACUUCCGAUGCAAAGCCUACAGAAAGCCGAUGUAGAUGAAGCACGUUUGAACAAGCUGUCGAUUCAAACGUAUGCCAACGCAGUUCCCAAGAUACUUAUUGGACUGGACCACAGUCACCUGGGAAUUGCCACAAAAAUUGAGACCUUACAACACAAAGGUCCUUAUGCCGCCCGUACGAAGUUAGGUUGGGUCGUCUUUGGACCCACCGACAACUUCAAUCAAGGAAAGACGUCAUGCUUGCACAUGUAUGUCGCCGAUGACGGAUACUUGCAUGACUUGGUAGCCGAUUACUUCAACACAGAGAGCUUUGGUGUACGUCCAGCACCACUUAUCGAGCCCGAUGAAGAUAAACGAGCCCGCCGGAUCCUUGAGUUUACAGUUAUGAAAACCGAUGGACGUUUUCAAGCCGGUCUCCUUUGUAGACAAGAUGAUGUUCAGUUACCCGAUAGUUACUCCCACGCCGAGAGAAGACUUGUUGGAAUUGAACGUAAGAUGAAAAGAGAUGAAACAUUUGCCCGAGAGUAUCGUGCAGUUAUUCGAGAUUAUGUUAAUAAGAAUUAUGCCAGGAAACUAACGCCGGACGAAGCUGCAGUCGUAAGCCCAAGGACAUGGUACCUUCCACACUUCGGUGUGACGAACGUUAAUAAGCCCGGUAAACUGCGCCCAGUGUUUGAUGCCGCCGCCGUCGUCAACGGUUGUUCACUAAACAGUUACCUUCUAAAGGGCCCUCAGCAAUAUCAGCCUAUGCCAACGGUACUAUUUAAUUUUCGUGUGGGCGCAGUUGCAGUCGCCGCCGACAUUAAAGAUAUGUUUCACCAAAUUGUUAUAAGAGAAGAAGAUAGAUGUGCCCAGAGAUUUCUUUGGAGGGACGGUGAUGAUAAAAUCCCUCCAGAAGUAUAUGAAAUGUUAGUGAUGACAUUUGGAGCAGCGUGCUCGCCAUGCACGGCUCAAUAUGUUAAAAACAUUAACGCACUUGAACAUCGCGAACGAUGUCCAAGAGCCUAUGAUUCUAUCGCAAAGCAUCAUUAUGUCGAUGACUUCGUGGAUAGUUUUGCCAAUGUGGAAGAAGCCACUAAAGUUGCCAACGAAGUUAAGAAUAUUCAUAAGAAGGCCGGAUUUGAACUACGAAACUUUUCUUCAAAUUCUAUAGAAGCCAAAAUUGCCCUUAACGGUUGCAAUUCGAAGGAAGUAACAAAUAGUCUAGUCACAUUAGCCGUAGAACGUGUGCUGGGAAUGUAUUGGCAGCCAAGCAACGAUGUAUUUAUCUACACACUUAAGUUUCACAACGCGGAUCCUGACGUCAUCAGUGGACACAGACGACCUACUAAGAGAGAGCUGUUAAGUAUAGUUAUGUCAGUAUUUGACCCGCUUGGAUUUCUGCCCAAAUUCAUGGUCAACGCAAAGCUGUUGGUGCGCGAAACGUGGCGUUACGAUCUGCGAUGGGACGAAUCUCUACCUGAACCUAUAUAUCAAGAAUGGGAUAAAUGGCGCCGCCAGUUGAAGAAUGUUUUAAACUUUCGGGUUCCUCAUCACUAUUUUGCCUAUGGACUACCACCCGAACUCCAGCUACAUAUCUUCGUAGAUGCCAGUGAAGAUAAUGAAACACCAGAAUGUGGAAGCGACGAUAUGUGA